AUCGUAAUUCCUAAAUUCUGGCAAUUAAUGCUAUGAAUACCAAUUACAUUUGUUUCAAGAUAUUCCUCCCACCAACUCCUACUUUUUGUUGAACUCCAUUUUCUUCAAAUCCAAAUGCUCCUUACACAUUAUUCUUUCCUUCUGAGAGACUAGAGAAGAAAGAGAGAAGACACUCACUCAUUCUCAUCCUAAACAUACGUUUUUUCAAUAUAAUUGUGGAAGAUGGAGAAUUCAAAUUAUGAUUCCAGCAAACCACCAAGGAAUAGGAAUAGGAAUAGGAAUAGGAUGAUUUUGGAUGUUGGGUUGAGCAUAGUUGCAGCCAUGAGUAUGACCAACAUUAACAACUCCAUUGAUAUUGUCUCAUCGGCUAAGCCAGCUGCUAACUUUCGUGGCACCACAACCUAUGGCCUUUUCUAUGCUUCCCCUCUCACCCACUUUUCUCAUUUUCUCAAUUCCUGCAAUCUUUGUCAAAAACAUCUUCACGGGGUCGACAUCUUCAUUUACAGAGGUGAGAGGGCGUUUUGUAGUGCUGAAUGCCGUGAGACUCACAUUAGAAACGAUGAUUACCAUUAUCAAGUUCCAUUACCAAUUGAUUGCUCCUCCAUCUCUCCAUGCUCUGCUCCUCCUGUCUCCUUGUCCCGUAUUCUUGCAGCAUGAAUAUCAUUCUUACUUUUCAUUUUAUUAUAUAAUACAAUGAAAAUUGAACCUUGUUUCUUCUCCAAGAGAACAUGCACAUAUAUUACAUUUCCUUUCUUCGUGCAAUAUAUAUAAAAAUUGCAAUAAAGUCUUUUU